UCUGAAGCUAGUAUAGGACAUACUUUUCUGUUCAGCAUUGCCUUCUCUCACCAAUAUUUUUCAGUUUCUUUGUCGAUUGACUUUUUUCUUCAAUUGAAAAGUGAUUAUCAUGGCCUUCCAGAUCAAUCAGGGGAGAAUGAGGAUCGAGAGGGAAUUGUUCUACAGUAUCGUUUUCCUUGGGAGGGAAGUGAUCGCGAUUAUGAGUACGAGGAGCUUCUUGGACGGGUAUUUAACAUUCUUAGAGAGAAUAAUCCAGAGCUUGCAGGUGAUAGGCGUAGAACAGUUAUGAGGCCUCCUCAAGUUCUUCGUGAAGGCACAAAGAAAACUGUUUUCGUCAAUUUCAUGGAUCUAUGUAAAACGAUGCAUCGUCAGCCAGACCAUGUUAUGGCUUUCUUAUUGGCGGAGCUGGGAACCAGUGGAUCUCUUGAUGGACAGCAGAGAUUGGUUGUUAAAGGAAGGUUUGCACCAAAGAACUUUGAAGGAAUUCUGCGAAGAUAUGUCAAUGAGUAUGUUAUUUGCAUUGGGUGCAAGAGUCCAGACACUAUCCUUUCAAAGGAGAAUCGACUGUUCUUUCUCAGAUGCGAGAAGUGUGGUUCUGGACGAUCGGUUGCUCCAAUCAAAGCUGGGUUUGUUGCUCGUGUUGGCCGUAGGAACGCUGGGACAUGAUUUUUACUUGUUAUAUCGAAGCUUGGUGUUUUUUCGAGUUACCUCUUUUUGAAAACGUAGUUGACUAUCGAAUGAUCGUUGGUGAAUUUUGAAGUGAAUGUGGUAUUGUAAUUCGGGUUGUUCAAGUAGCAUUUAAAUUUGUGAGGAUUUAUAAAGAUGUUAUUUUACUCGCAUUUCAAGUGGCAUUCUUAUA